AUGAAGACUCAUCUGGUGAAGACCAGGAGAUGGCGAACGGCAUCGCAGAUGACAGCCACAGUGAUGAUCACUCGAACCUGCUUGUUCGUAAGCGUACACGCUCACGCCGCAGGGAGAAAAUUGUUAUUCCUGAGGACAUGCUCAACGACUCUGAGUAUUUUCGGCGCUCACGUCGCUCGCGACAUGCUCCAGAACGUCUUUCAAUUUCUCCGGUGGACUCUCCUUCUUCGAUUGGAGGCAGUGAAUAUGACUUCAACGCCGACGAUGGUACGUUCACCAGCCUUUCUGCAUGCUCGGGCUCACACCGCCGUAAGACAUACAGCUGUAUACCGAGAAUGUUACAAGACUCGUCCCGUACUAACCACGUUUGACCUCAAUUUUCCUUUUCUAAUCCGCUGCCUGAUAACAACAGGACGUGAGGACGAUGACGAUGAAGAAAUGGAGGACUUAGACGAUGAUGACUUCGAACUACAACCAACGCGAAAACCACAAAAGCGACAAGGGGCUGGAGCUCGCCGUCGCCAAAGAGCGAAGGCCAGUGAACCUGAAGGGACUCGAUUUCCUGUUGAGUAUUCCGAAUCUGAUUCUGAUGGCGAUUGGCGUGAUGGCCCUACGAAGAAACUGCUUGGUCGCCGUCGACGGAAAAAGGGAGUCACGCGCCCUUCCAAGCGACGACGCACAAGGGAUGAAACCGAAGACGCAGAGGUCGCGCGAACUGCGCGAAUCAAUAGUCGAACAGGAGGCGCUGUAAACUAUUUCGAAAGCGACGACGACUUUCUCGACUCCGAGAAUGAGGCUUUGCAGCCUGGAGCACCCCAUGCUCCUGUAGACGAUGGAUCUCCUCGGGUGGACAGCGUCUUGGACUACCGACCAAUUGAAAAGAAGGAACCGGCGAACCAGGAGGAAGCUCCAUUCUCUGACUUCGAUCCACAGAAUGUGGAGUUCAACAUCAAAUGGGUGGGGAAAUCAUUCAGAAAGAACACAUGGGAAGCAUGGACUACUUUACGCGACAUGAAGGGAUCAAAGCGAGUGAGAAAUUACAUGAAAUCGGUGGAGGAAAGACAAGCUUAUUUUCGACUCCGGAAAGCAUCACCGGAAGAAGAAGAGGAGGCUAGGAUCCUCAUGGAAGAGAAUCGAACUGCUAUUAAGGUCUACGAAGUGAUCGAUCGCAUCGUCGCGCAACGGAACAAUGCGGACGAUGCCUCGAAAGUUGAAUACUUUGUAAAAUGGUCUAACCUGCCGUAUGGACAGUGUACGUGGGAAUUAGCAUCAGAUCUGAGCUCAGAAGCUGAUCUGAAAGCAAUCGAUGACUACAGGGACAGGGAGCAGUCAGCACUCGGAAAUUCAAGCAAGAAAAGAUACAAUCCAUUCAGUAACAAAGAAGAAAGACCCCGCCUGAAGCGAAUGCUAGAGCAGCCAUCUUAUUUGCACGGGGAAGGUCGAACAUUGCGUGACUAUCAAUUGGAGGGGCUAAACUUCUUGGCAUUCUCAUGGACUAAGCGAAACAACGUAAUUCUUGCCGAUGAAAUGGGCCUGGGUAAGACAUUGCAAACGAUAUCAUUCCUUGGAUGGCUGAUGUACUCUCGCAAUGUUCUGGGGCCGUUUCUUGUCGUCGUGCCCCUCAGCACAAUUGCGGCGUGGGUUCGGGAGUUCGCGCGCUGGUUACCGGACAUGAAUGUAGUAUGCUACACAGGCAAUGCCGAGUCACGAUCUAUGAUACGUGAACAUGAAUUCUGGGUCUCGAGCAAAGCGUCAACAGAGAAGUUUCAUGUUCUUCUUACGACACCGGAACUACUCAUGAUGGAUCACGACUACCUACACGAGGUGAGGUGGGCCAUGGUUGCAGUUGAUGAGGCGCAUCGGCUUAAGAACGAGACGAGUGCGUUACAUAUCACAUUAGCCAGUCUUCGCUCUGCUAAUAGGCUUUUGAUUACGGGAACGCCAUUGCAGAAUUCAGUUCGGGAACUUUGGGCACUUCUCCAUUUCUUGAAUCCUGAAAUAUUUGAGAGCGCUGAAGUAUUUGAGGAAAGUUUCUCUUUCGCAGCUCUUCGAGAUCCGGAGCGAGUCAGUUCUUUGCACAAAACGCUCCGUCCAUAUAUCAUUAGGAGACAAAAGUCCGAUGUGGAAAAGUCGUUGCCAAAGAAAACUUACGCGGUUUUGAGGGUUGGUAUGACUUCCGCACAACAGCAAUACUAUCGUUGGCUUUUAACGAAGAACUUCGCGAAAUUGAACGCGGGAAACAAGGCCAGAGGUAUGGGAAACACCCAGACAUUGCGAAACCUGGUCAUGGAACUGAAGAAAUGUUGCAAUCAUCCGUUCCUCUUUCCUAACUACGAGGAUACGUCUGUGACCACCAGUAUUGAUGACUUGAUCAGAGCGUCUGGAAAGAUGAUAUUGCUGGAUAAACUUCUCUUGCGCCUGAGAGAGAAAGGUCAUCGCGUGUUGAUCUUCUCACAAAUGGUGAGGAUGUUGGAUAUUCUUCAGGAUUACUGCCGAAUGCGAAACUUUCCUUGCCAACGACUUGAUGGUUCAAUAGCGAAUGAAGUACGGCAAAGAGCUGUCGAUCACUUCAAUGCUCCAGAUUCCAAUGACUACGUCUUCCUCCUGUCCACUAGGGCAGGUGGACUAGGUAUUAACCUCGCAACGGCAGACACUGUCAUCAUUUUCGAUUCCGACUGGAACCCUCAAAACGACUUGCAAGCUGAAAGUAGGGCUCACCGGAUUGGACAGAAGAAGGAUGUGAAAGUGUUCCGUCUCUUAAGCCGGGAAACGGUUGAGGAAGAUAUCUUGGAGAGAGCGAAACGAAAGCGAGUUCUUGAACAUUUGGUAAUUCAUGGCGUUGAGGGAGGGGAUCAAGGAGACGGGAAAGACGCUCAAGCGGCUUUCAAGAAAGAAGAAUUAAGUGCCAUUUUGCGCUUCGGGGCUGAGAAAUUGUUUGAGAAGGAUAAAGAGAACACCGGAGACGUAGGAGUCGAUUCAAAAGAAAAGGGCUCUGGUGAACAGAAAGAGAACGGGACAGGUGCAGACGCACCGACUGCACAGGACGUGUACGAUCAAGAUAAAGAUGGAAAAGCAGAGGAAAGGCGGGUUUUGGAAGUCGACGAUAUCGACGAACUGCUGGCGCGUGCACCAACUGACGAAGCAUCGCAAGUUGGUGGGGCCCAACCCAGCGUAGGAGAUUCCCUGCUCAAUGCCUUCAAGUGGGCUGAUUUCAAAACAGUCGAGACUGAGGACGAGGCGGAGGAUGAGGGUCCCGAAACUGAAAUCAUGGCCAACGCUGCUGCGAAUAAGCUUAUUGCAAUUGAUGCAGAAGCAGCAAGGGCCAAAAAAGAGGAGGAGCACGAUAAGAGGAAACUGGAGAAGGAAGGGGACAACGAAUUUUGGGACAGAGUCAUUCCUGGAGAAAUGAGGAACGAAGCUAUAGCUAAUGACAUGGUUCUGGGAACCCGCCGUCGCAAACGUACGAAAACAUUCGGCGCUGACUCCCCGCAUGAUGGAAAGCGCAGGCGCGUUACACGCGGUGUAAGGACAGUGAUGAAAGUGACAGAUCCCGAUGAGUUAACUGCGAAGGAACAAAGGAGUUUAUUGCGAUCACUACGCAAGUUUGGAGACGCCACGCUCAUCACAAUUAUCGUGAAAGAUGCCGGUUUGGAGGAUCGCAUUGAGGAGGAGUUAGGGCAAGCCAUGAUUACAGAUUGUCUUGAUCAAGCGAAGGCGGCUGUGAAAACAGCUCGGAGUACUGGAGCAAAGAAGAAGGAAACUGAUCAAGAUCCUGAGUACAAUUCCAAAGUCAACGGACGUUCGACUACAAAGGAUUCAAAGAGCAAAGCAUCACGCGUGCUCAUUGAUGCACUCGGGGAGACUGGUGUCGAUGCAGUAGAUCUCCUGAAGCGCUGCGAUGACUUAAAGAUGCUACGAAGUCAUAUAGGAAAUUUCGAAACCGACACACAGUUCAGACUCCGCCGUGCAAUCAAAGCGCCAACGUACAAUGUUCGCUGGAAGACGCAAAACGAUGCAAUGCUUCUAGUUGGUGUAUAUAGGCAUGGGUUCGGAAACUGGACGAGAAUUGCCCAGGACAAGCAGCUGCAUCUCGCUGACAAAAUGAAUGUUGCCGGAAACACAGAAUGCAAACCUGGCGCACCAGAUACCACCAAGUUGACCAGGAGAGUUACGACGCUCUUGCGAGAGGUAGAAAGAGAGGUCCGACCUAAGCCGAGCGCCAAGAAGGCGAGCAAGCGGGAUAGACAAGAAGGAAAAGUUGACAAGAAGAGAACACCUAAAGGUCAAAAGAUUUCAAAGAGCCGGAAAAAGGAUGGGGCGGUCUCUCGCGGCGGAGCUUCCUCGAAGCACACAAAGAAGAGUGUUCCUAUAAGCGGGAUGGGUGGGAUGCGGAAGGCACUGAAGGUAUCGAACAUCAGUACGCUGAAAGAACUGCGAUCGUUGUCAAAGGAAAACAACAAACUUGACAAUCAUGAAAAAAUCAAGAGAACGAAAGAGUGUCUCUUGAAACUAGGGCGUGCAAUUGAGAGACAGAAUUCCUCCAACAAAGUGCAAGUCGAUCUGUGGCGGUUUGUGCAUGAUGUCUGCCACACGUGCCUGCCAGGAGACAGACUGCGUUCGAUAUACGAGAAGCUAGCCGAUGUGGAGCCCUCAAACGGAUGA